CCCACCUCUGCCCAUGGGGCCCUCGGUGUGCGCCCCUUCGCGCCGGGACUGAAGCCGGCUCGCCCGGGAGACGCGAGACACCAAGAAGGACCGACAGCGCGGAACCAACUCCGGGACUCCGCAGAUACUUGAAGGGGGAAACGGGGCGGAGAGAAGGAGAGCCGGCCGGAUUCCCCUAACUUUCCUGGACUUGGAACGUUCUUCGAAGUAACUCUCUUCUCACCUGGGUCUACUACCGCUGUACUGCCAGCGGCAGCUGGUUGUGUUCUCUCGGCUCUCCCCCUCCUGCCGCUAAUUUUUCCAUCGUCUUUGCCGGGAGCAAAGGAAAGGGACAUUUUUCCCCCCUUGCCCGCAGCUUGGAUCGCGCCUCUGGGCAGCGGCUCUCGCCUUUAUUUAUUCUAUUUAUUUAUUUAUUGGUUCUCAAGACGCAAGGGGAUGGUAGCCGAGCGCCCCCGCAAAGCGGCAGCCGCCGGUGCCCGCGGCCCCGGGGAGCUAAGCGCGCCCGCGACGGUGGCGCUGGCGGUGGCGCCGGCGGAGCGCUGCGCGCGGCUGCCGAGCCCGGGGUCGUGCGGGCUGCUGGCGCUGGCCCUGUGUUCGCUGGCGCUCAGCCUGCUCGCCCACUUUCGGACCGCGGAGCUGCAGGCCCGGGUGCUGCGCCUGGAAUCGGAGCGUGGGGAGCAGCAAAUGGAGACGGCUAUUUUGGGACGAGUCAACCAACUGCUGGAUGAGAAAUGGAAGCUCCACUCUCGGAGGCGCCGGGAGGCCCCCCCGAAGACGUCUGCGGGGUGUCACUGCCCACCAGGACCUCCUGGUCCCGCUGGAAGACCCGGCCUCCCAGGGGACAAAGGUGCCAUUGGGAUUCCUGGACGUGUGGGAGUAAAGGGCCAACCAGGCGAGAAGGGGGCCCCAGGAGAUGCCGGCAUGUCCAUCAUCGGUCCCCGCGGCCCCCCUGGUCAGCCGGGCACUCGAGGUUUUCCUGGAUUUCCGGGUCCCAUCGGGCUAGAUGGAAAACCGGGCCACCCCGGACCCAAAGGAGAGAUGGGCCUGAUGGGUCCCCGAGGACAGCCGGGACCUCAAGGACAAAAAGGAGAAAAGGGUCAGUGUGGAGAGUACCCACAUCGGGAGCACCCGAGCGGCACUUUUUCGUCUCUGCGCUCCAGUCAGAUCAUUACCCUGAAGCUGCUGCCUCUCCUCAAUUCAGUGCGACUGGCUCCACCCCCAGUCAUAAAAAGGCGGACCUUCCAGGGUGAACAGGGCCAGGCCGGUAUCCAAGGACCACCGGGGCCACCAGGCCCCCCUGGACCGAGCGGACCUCUGGGGCCCCCGGGACUGCCAGGGCCCAUGGGGCCACCCGGCUUACCUGGGCCUCCAGGACCAAAGGGAGACCCAGGAAUCCAGGGUUACCACGGCCGAAAGGGAGAACGAGGCAUGCCAGGGAUGCCGGGCAAACACGGAGCCAAGGGGGCUCCCGGAAUCACCGUGGCGGGGAUGAAGGGUGAGCCGGGGACCCCAGGAGCCAAGGGCGAAAAGGGGGCUGCAGGCUCCCCCGGGCUGCUCGGCCUCCUGGGGCAGAAGGGAGAAAAAGGCGACGCUGGCAACUCCUUUGGAGGGGGCAGAGGGGAGCCCGGCCCCCCAGGGCUACCUGGGCCCCCAGGCCCAAAGGGAGAAGCUGGUGUUGAUGGCCAGGCCGGCCCCCCAGGACGGCAAGGAGACAAGGGUGAGCCCGGAGCAGCCGGAGAACAGGGACCGGCUGGCCCCAAGGGCAGCAAGGGGGAACCAGGCAAAGAAAUGGUGGACUACAAUGGGAACAUCAACGAGGCUCUCCAGGAGAUCCGAACGCUGGCCUUGAUGGGGCCCCCUGGUCUUCCCGGGCAAAUCGGCCCACCCGGAGCCCCGGGGAUCCCAGGCCAGAAGGGGGAGAUUGGACUUCCAGGCCCUCCAGGACACGAUGGGGAAAAGGGACCUCGAGGCAAACCAGGCGACAUGGGCCCUCCCGGUCCCCAAGGCCCCCCAGGAAAGGCUGGGCCCACAGGAAUGAAGGGUGAAGACGGACACGUGGGGAGCCCGGGAGAAAAGGGGGAGAAAGGGGAGACGGGGCAAACAGGCCCACCGGGUCUAGACGGCCCAACUGGGGAGAAAGGAGAACCAGGUGGCCAAGGGAGACCCGGAACAACAGGAUUGCCCGGCCCGAUCGGGCUCCCGGGAUUUACAGGGGAGAAAGGAGAGCCCGGGGAGAAGGGAGACCCAGGAGUGGAGGUUCCUGGGCCCCCAGGGCCAGAGGGGCCUCCCGGACCUCCGGGACUCCAAGGUGUUCCUGGACCAAAGGGGGAAGCGGGACUGGAUGGAGCAAAAGGAGAGAAGGGUGUCCAGGGAGAGAAAGGAGACCGAGGGCCGCUGGGAUUACCCGGUACUCCAGGACCAGUCGGAGUUCCAGGCCCAGCGGGACCAAAGGGCGAGAGGGGCAGCAAAGGCGACCUUGGGAUGACAGGACCAUCAGGAGCGGCUGGGCUUCCUGGUUUACAUGGACCACCCGGGGACAAAGGAAACCGGGGGGAGAGGGGGAAGAAAGGCUCUAGAGGGCCUAAAGGGGAUAAGGGAGACCAAGGAGCGCCUGGAUUAGACGCCCCCUGCCCGUUGGGCGAAGAUGGCUUACCAGUCCAGGGCUGUUGGAACAAGUGAUGCCUCUAACCUGGGAUUGGCCUGUGUGUGUGUUUGUACAUAGAGUAUUUAUUUUUAU